AUGCAACGUGCAGCAGCAGCGGCAGCAGGAGCAGCAGCUGCAGCUCUACCGGCAGCAGCUGCUGCUGCCGCGCGAGCUGCUGCUGCUGCUGCAGCACGAAGGCCCCCUACUAUAGAACAGAAACCAAUUGCUGAGGGAGCAGCAGCAGCAGCAGCAGCUGCUGCUGCUGCUGCAGCAGCAAAACUUCUUGUGUCUCCUUGUGCUGCAGAUGACCCUGGCGAUGUAGUAAUUUGGCUGUUUGUGUUUGCCCUAGUGUCGGCCCUGGCUUCGAUUUUGUGCGUCUUGACUCGCCACUGGCAACGAGCAGCAGAAGCGCGGCAGCUGCAGCGGCGGCAGCAGCAGCAGCAAACUCGAGAGCGCCAAGCAGACCAGAGGCGGCAGCACCAUGUGGCUCUUCUCAGGCAGCUCGAACAGGAGGAGGUCCACGAAAGCAACCUAGAGGCAAGCAGCAGCAGCAGCAGCAGCAGCAGCAGCAGCAGCAGCAGCAGCAGCAGCAACAGCAACAGCAGCAGCAAUAGCAGCAGCAGGAACGCGGGGUGGACAGUAGCCGGGAGGGUUUGGGGUUUUGAGGUUUUCUGUGACUGCACAGAGCUGGUGCCCGGCGAAGCCAUACGAGAAGGGAGGCGCUGGAAAAGGAGACACACCAGGUCCCAGCAGCAGCCUCUACAAACAGCAGCAGGCUGCCAGCAGCAGCAGCAGCAGCAGCAGCAGCAGGUGCAGCAGCGGGAGACGCAGCAGCGGGCGGCGGAAGCACGCAGCAGCAGCAGCAGCAGCGAGAGCAGCAGGAGCCACCAGAUCUUGAGCAGGGGCUGCAGGAAGCAGCACCUGCUGCUGGACCUGGUGCAGCUCCUGCUGCAGCCGCUGCUGCUCCUGCUGCAGCAGCAGCUGCUGCUGCUGCUCCCGCCGAAGCUAGUGAGGGGCCGCUGCAGCGGCGCAGCUGCAGCAACGAGCCUCUGGGGGCCCGUUUGCUGCAGCAAGCAGCCAGCAGAGAAACACUGGGAGACGAUUCAAACGCCCUGUAAGCCAGCAGCAGCAGCAGCAGCAGCAGCAGCCACUGCAGCAGCAGCCGCUGCAGCGGCAGCAGCAGCAGCAGCCGCUGCAGCAGGAGCCACCGCAGCGGCUGCAGCGCCAGUAGCGACUACAUCAGCACAGCAGCAUCAGCCGCUGCAGCAGCAGCUGCAGCACCCCGAACCGCAGCAGCAGCAGCAGCAGCAGCAGCAGCAGCAGCAGCAGCAAAUGUGGAUUUUGUGUCUGCAGCUGCUCAAUUUGCUUCGAAACUUUCAGCGCUUCUUCUCUCAGCUGCGCCUUCGAGUCAAUUUGUGGGGCCAUCUGGCUUCGCCACACGUGCUGCUGCUGCUGCUGCGGUUGCUGCUGCUGCUGCUGCUGCGGUUGCUGCUGCAGCUAUGUCCGCUGUGCAUGCGGGACUACACGGCGGAGCUGGGGCCCCCCCCCAUGGGUCUUUCAGCGCUGCAGCAGCAGCAGCAGCAGCAGCAGCAGCAGCAGCUGGGCUCGCUGGCUGUAGCAGAUGCUUCUGCUGCUUUGGCCUUUAUUGCCUUUCUGGAGCACCAGCCCUCAAUUCCUCCACAGCAAAACCAAGACGUAUAA